UGUGCCCACCUCUCUGGCCGCUCGCUGCUGCCAGUUCUCAGAUUGUUGCUGGGCUUCGGGAGCCCGAGGCGUCCUGGGGGCACAGGCUGUGUUGUCCUCUUUACCAGCGCGGCCGAGCCCGUGGUAGCAUCCGGCAGGGAAAUGGUCGUGGUUUCGGUGCCCGCCGAAGUCACAGUUAUCCUGUUAGAUAUCGAAGUUCCAGGGGAUCUGACAUCCUCUGAAGGCAAACAUACAAAGGACACUUUAUUCCCUUACAUCAAAGAGAAUGUUAAGGAGUACCUGCAGACUCACUGGGAUGAGGAGGAAUGUCAGCAAGAUGUCAGCCUGCUGAGGAAACAGGCUGAAGAAGAUGCACACCUGGAUGGGGCCGUUCCAAUCCCUGUGGCGUCAGGAAAUGCUGGGGAUGACCUGCAGCAGAUGAUCCAGGCCGUGGUGGAUAAUGUGUACUGGCAGAUGUCUCAUGAUCGGAAGACCACAGCGCUCAAACAGCUGCAGGGCCACAUGUGGAAGGCAGCUUUCACAGCUGGCCGCAUGAAGGCAGAGUUCUUCGCGGACGUAGUCCCAGCUGUCAGAAGGUGGAGAGAGGCUGGAAUGAAGGUGUACAUCUACUCUUCAGGGAGUGUAGAGGCUCAGAAACUGCUCUUUGGGCAUUCCACAGAAGGAGAUAUUCUUGAGCUUAUUGAUGGCCACUUUGACACCAAGAUUGGACACAAAGUGGAGAGUGAGAGUUACCGCAAGAUUGCAGACAGCAUCGGGUGUUCAACCAGCAACAUCUUGUUUCUCACAGAUGUUACUUUAGAGGCCAGUGCUGCUGAGGAAGCAGAUGUGCACGUCGCUGUGGUGGUGAGACCUGGCAAUGCGGGACUGACAGACGAUGAGAAGACAUACUACAACCUCAUCACAUCCUUCAGCGAGCUAUACCUGCCGUCAACAUAGAGCAGGUUCUGAGGAAGACGAAACUGUUCCCCCCUAAUGUCUAGCUUUAUUCUAAUUGUAAAAGUAACUUACUUAUAUGUACACACAGACAGAUGCAAGUGUAUAUACAUGUAUGUGUGCUCAGAUUAAUUUCCACGGGCACAUAGGUGAGCAAAGUUUCGGUUCUGUGAAAAUCAAAUUCAUGUAAAGAGGCUUUAUAUGACCAUAACUCGUAAGUCUUACUGAGGCCAGAGUGUAUUUGAUAGAAGGAACUGCAAAUACAAAUCAAAUGUGGGUGUUUAUCAAAUUCUUUACUGGAAUGGAAAUCUAGUUUUGAGAAAUUAUUAUCCAGAGACCCUGUUAUUUUCAAAACUGGCAGUGCUUCAGAGGCAUCUAUAGAGGAACCCACCAACCUUGCCUCCUUGUGAGUUCGAAUCACACUGCUGCGCCCAGCCUCACUUCCCUGUGGGCACGAGACAGGCAUCGGUUUCCGCUUAGAGAAAGGGAAUUGGCUUUGAUCAAUCAGGUGUCGGGGUGCAAAGCCGCAUACGCCCGCCUCUGGAGUAGUGUCUGUGGGACAGCUAAGGUGACAGUGGCUCCACUGACCCGCCAGUGUUAGCACUGUUUUCUCAUUGGCUUCUGUGUCUUACGUAGCUUGAGAAUAUAUGUUAAUGACUAGUUUUUAAAAACGUUUUAUUGAAGCCAGUGUAAUACCACAAAGAGCUCUAAUGUGUAAUAUUUCCUCUGAAGUGGCUGUGAAGAUAUAAAUUUUAUAACAGCAUUGUUUAUCCCAGUGCCAUUCUGACAGGAUUUUAUGUCAGUGUUGUGUAAUUAAUUAAUAAAGGCAUUUUCCUCUUUCA